AUGAAGUCUCGAUUGAUAAGGGCGCUUCAGCAUCUCAUACAGGAGGCCCAUGGUCAUGUCUCUCAACCUCCGUCAUGUCACUCAUGCUCGCACCACAUGAACCCCGAUUAUAUUUCCCAGAUGGAGACUUGGUCACAGCUAGAAACAAUGAGGCGACUACUGUGCCAGCGGCCACCGAUUCCCGAGCUACCUUCACAAAUCCUCGACGAUAUCGACACAGUUAUCACAUACCGAAACAAUAAAACAAUGCUUACCUCAUCCACAUCAAUCGCCCCGAGCCUUGUACUUAAGCCCAACAAUCUUAAGACAGUAGAGAAAUCAAGCUCUAAGGCGAUCAAUAUAUCGCUGUGGAAAGGCGACAUCACAUCCCUCACUGAUGUCACAGCAAUUGUCAACGCUGCAAAUUCUCAACUUCUUGGUUGUUUCCGUCCGGACCAUCGCUGUAUUGACAAUAUCAUCCACUCUGCUGCUGGCCCGCGUCUUCGCGAUGCAUGCAACUCAUUAAUGCUUAAGCAAUGCCACCCAGAAUCUGUCGGCUCUGUAAAGGUUACCUCGGGCUUCAAUCUACCAGCACAAUGGGUAUUACACACGGUGGGCCCGCAGGUCAACUCAAGGAAGAGCCCUGGAACAUUGCAGCAGCAACAACUAGCUAGUUGUUACAGCUCUUGCCUUGAUGCCACUGAGUCACUUCCUGCACUUCCGGACGGCCGUAAGGUCGUGGCCUUCUGCUGCAUCUCAACAGGGCUGUUCGCCUUUCCGCCGGACAUGGCUGCCAAGAUUGCUCUGGAAACAGUGGUGCAAUGGUGCAUGAAUCACCCGGCGACAUCAGUGACCGAUAUAAUCUUCGACACGUUUUUGGAGCGAGACUACGAGUUAUAUCAGGCGAAUAUUUCCGAGCUCAAAACCACCGUUGCCUCUUCAGGGAAUCAAAUAUCUUUCUCACCAAGUCCACUAAGCCAACCCAAGGCUUUGGUCACCCCUACCAUAUCCAAAGCACGAAGCUGGCUCCAAGAAGCAGACUACCUAAUUAUCUCAGCCGGCGCCGGCCUCUCAGCAGCCAUCGGGCUCGACUAUACCUCCACUUCUCUCUUCCAAAAGCACUUCCCCGGUUUUCUCCACCUCGGUCUAGGACGGUUAUACGACGUAUUCGGAUUCAACGACUGGGACAGUCCCAACCAGAAAUGGGGCUACUGCUUCCUCCACCUAAACAUGGUCCGAACCUGGCCAGCAUCGAAACUCUACGGAACCCUAUGUAAACUCGCGGCCCGCUUCGAUGACAGAUACUUCGUGCGUACAUCUAACGCAGACGGAAGAUUCGUGGCAAAUGGAUUCCCUGCAGAAAAGGUAUCCACACCACAAGGCCAAUACCGAUUCCUACAAUGCUUCGCCAAAUGUCGACCUGAUGCCGUAUUUCCUUCCGACCCCUUUGUGGACGCCGCAUUACCCUUCAUCGAUCCAGAGACCCAGGUUCUCACGGAUGAAACGAAGAUCCCGGCUUGUCAAUACUGUGGCGGUGAACUGACGCUCUGUGUGCGUGGUGGGGAUUAUUUCAAUUCUGGGCCGUUCCGUGCACAGGAACGUAAGUGGAAGGAAUACAUGGAUGAUGUUGCCAGGAAUCUGGAUGGCAGGAGGGCUGUUAUUCUUGAGCUGGGUGUAGGGCUCAAUACGCCGGGUGUGUUGAGGUGGCCGAAUGAGGAGUUGGUGGAGGACCCUUCGAAUCCUGGUUUUCGGCUUAUCAGGGCGGGAAAUGGGGCUUCUGGGUGUGCGCCUUGGGAUUUUGAAGAGCGGGAUUUGGCUAUUGGGAUUGAGGGGGACUUAAACUUGGUGGUGGAGGCGUUGGUGGGCUGA